GUAACAAACAAGGCGAAGAACAGCGUGUAUGGUCACAUCAUACCAUUUUAGCAUGAUCUAACAACGUUUUUGCCAUUUAAAUUUAUCCCAAAUUAACACUGAUGCUAACCGAAUUCAUUAUUUAACGUGAAUAUUAUUAAACUAGAAUUAAUUAAACCAUGACAGAUUCGGCAAUACAGUUAGAAAAAACAAAGAAAUAUGACUUGCCCCUUAGUUGCCUUGACUACACGUUUAUAUCAGAGUGUGAAAAUAUAAAGGAACUGGAGAAAAUCAUCAAAGUUUUGAGAUCUGGAGAGGAAGGAUUUUAUCCCGACUUAGAAAAAGCUGCUGUCGAGAAACUUGAAAAACUCAACCCAAAAAGUCGUAUUUUGAGAAAAGAAACUCCUGUAUUACAACCAGGUGAUUUACAAAAGGACGAGAAAAACAAGAUGGAGGAGGAUAUGCAGGAUUUUCUGUCAGUCAUGAAAAGUAAGGAUAGUGGAUCAGGGGACACAACUCUAACAGGAAACAAGACACUGCCUCCCGUUAGGAAAGGGCAGAUCAACUUGUCAACCAAAAAACAGGAAACGAAACCAGAAGUUAAAAGUAAUAAAUCAUCGCUACCAAGAUCUUAUUCUGAUUGGGAUAAAAUCGAUGUCGAUAAAGAACUUGAUAACAUGGAUAAAGAGGAAGAACGAAAGCAACAGGAACAAGAAGAGAAUAAAAAUAUUAGAACAAAUAAAAAAGUUGUUGAUAUCUCAACUAAAGUUGACUCCGAAGGUUUAUCUUAUGACGAAAUCUGUAUACGAGCUGGAAGAGAAAAAGAUAAAGGCAAUGAGGCGUUUAAAUGUAGUGAUUUUGAAGAAGCUGUUUUAUACUACACCCGAAGUUUAUCCUUGGUGCAGACGGCUAAUUUAUAUAAUAAUAGAGCUUUAGCAUAUUUAAAAUUGGAGAAAUGGAAAGAAGCUUUGGAAGAUUGUGAUGAAGUGUUAGAUGAGGAACCAGACAAUAUCAAAGCGUUAUUAAGAAGAAGUACAGCGUACUUGGGUCUGAAAGAUGUCGAAUCAGCAGAUCGUGAUCUCAAUGAUAUAGCAAAUCUGGAUAAAAAUAAUAAACGAGCUAAGGACCUGCUGAAGGAAAGCGCUGAUCUUCGUAAACAGGCAGAGAAUCAGAAGAAGGAAAGGAAAGUAAAGGGGCGGAGAAUGGUCAUCGAAGAAACGGAAGGUUCGGAUGACGAGGUUAAUCACGUCAACGGAACAACUCCAGAAAGCAACGCAGUGGACGCUAAAACUAAAAUAGAAGAAAUUCCCGUUCAUAAACAAAAUGGCCUGCAUGAGGAUCCUGCGAAAAAGAACACGGGAACUGCUCAAAAGGUCGUAGAAGCGAAGGUAGAGACCAACAAAAAAAAGCCAGAAAAAGACAUUUGGUCUCUCGAUGAAAUUGAAAACUGCGUAAAUAUAAACUCUGAUAUCGACCUUAAUGCGAUGGGCAUGGGUAUUGUUAACACCGAGACCCUUCCGGAGAAACCUCCAGGAUUUACAAAUAAUUCGAGAGACUCAGAAGGUGAAGAAGAAAUUGAAGUUGAAAAACCUUCAGGUUUGACAAUUACAGAAAUAACAGACGAAGACGAAAACGCUGACACAACGUCUACAAAAGUCGAAUCUGUAAAACAAGAAGACAUCCAAAAGCAAGAAAAAGAGGAUUGGGCCAAAACUGGUGCCAGGCCGAAAACUAUGUCUCCACGACAACAAUCGGUGUCAUCUGAUUCAGAUGACGAAAAGGACGAUUGGGUGUCUCCAGAAACACAAGCAGAAGUUAAGGUGGAAACCAAACCAGCUGAAACAUUUCCACAAGCAGAGGGCGCUUAUUCUAGACGUACGGUAUUUAAACAAGAGAAGUUGCCGCCCAAUAUGGUCGCUGUUAAGGAAGAGGGUAGUGCGUUGUUUAGAACUGGUCAAUACCCAAAAGCAAUAUUAAGAUAUACACAUCUCAUAGACGAACUAGAAAAAGAUGUGAUCCAUCAACUAGUGAAUUUAUCAUUAAUGUACAGUAAUCGUGCAGCGUGUUAUCUGAAGACAGGUCAUUGUAAAGCGGCUAUUACUGAUUGUCAACGAUCUCUGGAUAUCAUUCCUCAUAUGGUUAAACCAUUACUCAGGCGGGCGGCAGCAUGUGAACAUUUAGAAAAAUAUAGUCAAGCCUAUGUAGAUUAUAAACAUAUAUUAAGUAUAGACUCAUCAGUAGUCUUAGCUCUAUCAGGUGCAUCCAGGUGUCAAAAUAUAUUACAACAAUUAGACGGUCCAACUUGGAGGGAAAAGUUACCUCCCAUGGUCACAGCUUUAUCCUGGGAAAUACCAGAGAUAAUUCUAGAUGGCACUACAAGUUCCCCGUCUGUUCUCCCCAGCGAAUCUAGUCCACCACCAGAGGAACUACCUAAUCCCGAUCUAGAAUUUGAAGAAUGCAAAAAGUUAGGCAAUAGUCACGUUCAAAAGAGUGAGUUUAUAAAAGCUGUUGAAUGUUAUAAUAUAUGUAUAAAACAGUGUCCAGAUAAUCCUGUGGGUUAUACCAAUAGAGCUCAUUGUUACCUCAAACUAAAUCAGCCUGCGGAAGCUGCUAGGGAUUGUGAUAGAGCGAUAGAACUCGAUAGUACAAAUUGUAAAGCUCUAUAUAGAAGAGCUCUGGCAAAUAAGAUGUUAAAACAUUAUAAAGAUUGUCUUCAGGAUCUUUCGCAAGUCCUUAAAUUAGAUCCCAAAAAUACAGCAGCUCAGAAAGAAUUUGAUGCUGUUAGAAAAAUAUAUAAAGAGGAAUUGAAUUUUAUAAAAGAAAAUACACCCCCAGCAGAGCAGACAAAUGCGAAGAAGAAGCCACGUACAAUAGAAGAAAUCACAGCGGAUGUUAAAAAAGUUUUAGAAGAAGCCGUCCCAGAUACCAAGCCAGAAUCAAAAUCUACUCAAAAAUCUUCAAAGGCAAACAGAUCAGAAGGCGCGAAAUCAUCAUCGGGGAGAGAUUCUAGAAAGUCAUCGGAAGAACCAACAGAUACGGGAAGGACGUUUAAGAAUAAAAAGAACAAAGGCAAGAACGACGAACCUCUGCAGACAACAGUAAAUAAAUCAUCAGCAAAAUCACCUGUUGUGUCAAAAGAGGACGAGAUGCAGAAGAUACAAGAAGAUUUGGAUUGGUUAGAACCGAAGCAGCCCGAGGCACCAUUAUCGAAGUCGGCGAAAAGACGAGCAAAAGCGAAAGCAAAGAAAACUGGCGAAACAGUAGUAGAAGAGGAAGAAGCUGAAGUGACGAAAACAGAUGGAAAAGCAACGAAAAAGGAACGGACGUCAUCCGAAUCACAGAAAUCUGACUCAAAAUCGUUGAAAAAAGAUAGCAAAAAUGGGUCAGAAACAGAGUCAAAAUCCUCAAAAAAGUCAAAGGCGGAUUCCAAAAAAUCGUCAGAAUCAGAGGCUUCCCCUAAGACGGAAACAGAUGCUCAAUCCCCCACUGAUAGUGCUGCUCAGUCAAAAUCCACCAAGAAGAAGAAACAGAAACAGGGAUCGAAAGAAAGUUCUCCCGUCAUGGGUCAGAUGCAAACGUCAUCCAUCGAUCCGAAAAAGAUAAAAGCCACACCAUAUGAAUUUAUGACGGCCUGGAACUCAUUGAAAUCAUCAAAACAAUCUGAGCCCUACACCGAUCUUUUACGACAAGUGCCUCCACAAGAAUUACCUAAAGUGUUAACUAAUAAAUUAGAAGGUCCUAUGUUGACUACGAUGUUAAAAUGUAUUCACAAAGACAUUGUCUCAAAAGGUGAAAAUGAUCUCGGUUAUAAAAUGUUGCAUCAUUUAUCAACUGUACCAAGGUUUUCUACAGUUUCCAUGUUUCUGUCAACAGAAGAUAUAAAAGACAUAUCAAGUGCUUUUGCAAAACUUGAAAAAUCCGCUUCUACCGAGUUUUCAUCUAGUGAUAUAGAAGCGUUGAAGAAGGCUUAUAAUAUAAAGUGAAAGUAAGAUAACUAAAGUAAAAGUACAGCUGAAAUCGAAAGUAGAGAAGUUUUGUUAUGACUAUGAAAGACCUAGCACUGUAUAUAUAUAUAAAGUGUUGUGCUAUUAUGAAAUGAUAACUAUAUUGUUAAUAUUUAUAAGUAAUUUAUAUUCAAAUUCAAUCAGAAUAUAAUAUUAGAGUGAUGUGAACAGAAUUGUUAGUGAAUUUUUUGAAACUUGGGUUUUUCUUUUCCUCCUUCCCCCCUCCCCUCCUCUGUGUGAAUGGAACAAUAUCAUCAUUUACUCAUCAUUAUGUAGAAAAAUAGAUGUGAAAAUCCCUCUUCUAAAUGAAAAAAAUAUUUGCAUCAUUAUCCAAUAAUGAAGAUUCCCAGAUGAAGGAAAUAUUUUGUGUGUAUUUUCAAAAUAAGGUACAAAGCUCAUAACAUCAUCCAAGUUGAUUGUUUUGGGGUGGGUUUUUUCGGGGACUGUUGUCGAAUACCUAAACCAUAUGCGGAACCUAAGGGUACAGAAUUCAAGAUUUUGUGGAAGAGUCUUUGAGUUAGAAACGGUUUGUCAGUUUGUUGCUUUGACUGAAUUCAGUUGCUUGUUUGUAAAUUCCAUACCAACUUUAUUAUUACCUACCCCAUGUAUAUUUCUUUAAGGGUACAGAGUUCAAGGGUUUCUUCCACAGCUCCUCAGAUUCAAACACAAACAUGUUGUCAGCAGACUGUUAUCAUGGAACAUUCCACGGCCUUCUGGACAUCUGUUACCAUGACAACCUGUUGCUAGACCUGAGCAUGACAACCGUGGAUAUGGUCAUCUAUUAUCUAGGACAAGUGCGACUUUUGCGUCAUUCAAAUAUUUUUUUUAAAUCAUGAAACCCCGCCAAGAGAUUUUUAUUUUUAUCACUAGAGAUUCUAACAUGUAACAUUUUAAGGUAUCAAUGUAUCAUUUGUAUUUGUAGUUAAGAGCUAAGAUGUUAUAUUUCUCACGCCUAAAACCACGCUAACUCAUUAUUUAAUUAAGAAAACAAAAUCAAAAUACCAAAGCUAGAUAAUCUCUCAGAUUGAUUCAAUCAAAUUUAUAACAUACCUAUCAAUAAAUUAUCGUAGACAACAAAUAGGCGGGUGGCUUAUUGCAUAGCGAACAGCAUAGAUGGAUGAAAUUUCAAUUGACCAUAUCUUUGUUUGUAAAUACUGAACAGGGCUUGUAUAUCUGUUAGAGAUUACUUAAAAUGACACAUCCAGGUCCCAAGAUCACAAAGCAUUCUCAAAUUGUAAGUUAAGAAUUUACUCAACUUUCAAUCACUGUUUAUAAGAAAUAUCUUUGAUCCAAAAACACAAAAAUUUGCACAUAGUUUCUUAUUGAUGUAUUUGAUACAUUAAAACAACAAAAGUUUUAUAAAGGGCUAUAUUUUAGUUAAAAUAAGGCGAACAAUUUUGAGUAAUACUUUGUGAACUGUGGCUAGGACUUUAAAAUAUUUAAGUUAUUUACUGUUCUAAAAUUUUCUAAUUCUGUUUUUGGUUUGUUGGGGUUUUUUUUCGCUUUUUGAUUUGCUUUUUGAUUUGUUUUGCGUAGUUUCUAUUACUGGUAUUUCUAUUAGGACCUUUGUGUGCUUAAAGUCUUACUGAAUGGAACAAAUGUUUCUAUUACCGGUAUUUCUGGAACAAAUGUAUGGGAAUAGACCAAAUAAUCUUGUAUAUCAUUAAUUAUAGAUCAGAUUUAAUCCUUUGUCAAAAGGAGAGGGGGGGGGGGGAGAUGGCCAAAUGGUUAGCAUGGGCGCGCAGUAUUGUAAGGUCUGUCAUUGAGUCAUCUGGCAUGGUUUCGAUUCCGUGGUUGUACGUGAUAAGGAGUAGGGUCGCCUGUCCAACCUCGUGGAUUUUUUCUGGGUCGUCUGGUUUCCUCACACUGCUAAAGAGCCCUACGCGCAAGUAAAUUAUUAGAAUAAAAUUGAACCAUGUGUUAGUCCCAAAAUGACCUAGUUUGUGUCGAGUUGACGUUAAACCCCGUUUCUCUCUCCCUUUGUCAAAAGUCAUUCAAUUUGAUCAAAUUUAAGGUUUUAUUUUCAGAUUUCAAUACUUGUUCUCUUGAUCAAAAUUUUACAUAGAUUUAUUUAUAAGAAUUAUAAUUUCAUAACACGGAAAUUAAAACC